AUGUCAUUCAAUGGAUAUUCAAUGUCUCACCUUUUACAGGUUAAAUCGAAAUUUGAUCAAGAAUGGCGAAGGUUUUCAAUACCAAUGAAUAGUGGGCCGAUAACAUAUGAAAAUUUCCGAAGCCUUGUCGAGAAACUACACCAUUUGGAAAGUGUGCAAUUUACAUUAUGUUAUAAUUCCAUAUCGGGAGACAUUUUACCGAUUACCAAUGAUGAUAACCUUCGCAAAUCUUUUGAAUCAGCCCGUCCUGUGCUGCGGUUGUUAAUUCAGCGGCGCGGCGAGUCGUGGGAAGAGAAGUACGGAUAUGGUACGGAUUCGGAUCGCCGCUGGAACGGCAUUGCUUCGAUUCUCAACCCACAGCGGCCGCCGAAACGAAGCUAUUCGAUAUCGAAUCCUGCCGAUUUUCGGCAAGUUUCGGCUAUUAUCGAUGUCGACAAAGUGCCAGAAGCGCACCGGCGGGUACGGUUGUGCAAACAUGGUUCGGAUAGACCGCUCGGAUUUUAUAUACGUGAUGGAACGUCGGUGCGCGUGACGGAAACUGGUGUUGUCAAGGUUUCCGGAAUUUUCAUCUCGCGGCUUGUCGAUGGAGGACUCGCAGAAUCGACGGGACUGCUCGGAGUUAAUGAUGAGGUUCUUGAAGUGAAUGGAAUUGAAGUGUUUGGGAAAACACUGGACCAGGUCACCGAUAUGAUGGUUGCAAAUGCUCAUAAUUUGAUUAUAACCGUGAAACCCGCAAAUCAACGAAACACUCUUUCUCGUGGUCCAUCGACAAUGGGAACUCCAAAUGAUUCACUGUCAGCACCACCACACCGUCCGAUGGCGAUGAAUGGGAGUACAGAUGGAUCAUAUCAUCCACGACAAGCCGAAGAUUCUGAUGUUUCUGAUGACUGA